CGAGCGUAGUCAAUAAUAGUAUUUGACCGGAAUAGUGCAAAAAUGACCGGAGUUAUCCUCGCUAUCGUGCUGUGUCUUUCCGUGGCAAUAAGGGCUGAGUUUCCCGAUGAUCCCAAGCCUUGCAAAUACGCCGAUGGCGACUGUAUCGUAAAACUGGUGAACACGAUGUUCCAGGAGCGAUCUUCUGCUGCGGAUCCCAGUCUGAAUCUGAAGCAGUUGGAACCUCUAAAGAUCGACUCAAUGACCGUAAGCCAAGGAGAAGAAAAAAGCCCAGUAGCCAUUAAUCUAAAGUUUACGAAUAACUUAUUGUACGGCAUCAAAGAUAUAACGUUUACCAAGGUUAAGGGUUUCGAUAAGGAUCCUACCGCCGUGCAUGAAAUCAAGGCCGUUACCAAAGUGUUCUCCAUGAUAGGUCCCUACACAAUCAAGGGCAAAGUACUUAUCCUGCCAAUAAGUGGAACUGGACAAAGUAACAUUACGCUGGUCAACAUGAAAGCCAUCAUCAGAUUCUCCGGCAAGGCGGUGGAGAAAAACGGUGAAACCUACCUAGACGUCGAUGAUCUGAAACUUUCCAUCAAGCCGGAAUCGGCACACUUCUACUUUGGAAAUCUUUUCAACGGAGACAAGGCCCUGGGAGACAACAUGAAUGUAUUUUUGAACGAAAAUUCGGAAGCCAUCUAUCAGGAAACAGGUGCAGCCAUUGAAAAGGCAUUUGGGGACAAGUUCAUGGAAAUUGUGAAAGACGUGUUUUCCAAGCAUCCGUACGCCAAGUUGUUUGCCCAGGAGUAGGUAAACAAAUUAUAUU